AUGGUUUGGAAGAAAAGGAGCCGCUGCAGGAGGUCACAGCACGACCAAAAGCUAAAGCACAGGGACAGAGUGGAGCACAGGGACAGAGUGGAGCACAGGGACAGGGUGGAGCACAGGGACAGGGUGGAGCACAGGGACAGAGUGGAGCACAGGGACAGGGUGGAGCACAGGGACAGAGUGGAGCACAGGGACAGAGUGGAGCACAGGGACAGAGUGGAGCACAGGGACAGGGUGGAGCACAGGGACAGGGUGGAGCACAGGGACAGAGUGGAGCACAGGGACAGAGUGGAGCACAGGGACAGAGUGGAGCACAGGGACAGGGUGGAGCACAGGGACAGAGUGGAGCACAGGGACAGAGUGGAGCACAGGGACAGGGUGGAGCACAGGGACAGAGUGGAGCACAGGGACAGAGUGGAGCACAGGGACAGAGUGGAGCACAGGGACAGGGUGGAGCACAGGGACAGAGUGGAGCACAGGGACAGAGUGGAGCACAGGGACAGAGUGGAGCACAGGGAUAGAGUGGAGCACAGGGACAGAGUGGAGCACAGGGACAGGGUGGAGCACAGGGACAGAGUGGAGCACAGGGACAGGACAGUGGAGCACAGGGAUAGAGUGGAGCACAGGGACAGAGUGGAGCACAGGGACAGGGUGGAGCACAGGGACAGAGUGGAGCACAGGGACAGAGUGGAGCACAGGGACAGGGUGGAGCACAGGGACAGAGUGGAGCACAGGGACAGGGUGGAGCACAGGGACAGAGUGGAGCACAGGGACAGAGUGGAGCACAGGGACAGGGUGGAGCACAGGGACAGGGUGGAGCACAGGGACAGAGUAGAGCACAGGGACAGAGUGGAGCACAGGGACAGAGUAGAGCACAGGGACAGAGUGGAGCACAGGGACAGGGUGGAGCACAGGGACAGAGUGGAGCACAGGGACAGGGUGGAGCACAGGGACAGGGUGGAGCACAGGGACAGAGUGGAGCACAGGGACAGUAAAGCUUCUCAAGGAAACAAAUACCAGGCUGUCAUGUGCUUCCUGCUCAUGACAUGUGGAUUUUCAAACAAACCUGUUCUGUGUGUUCUCUCACAGGCUGACGCUCUCUCCUGA